AUGAGCAACUCUACGGUUCACGUUACCAACAUUGCUCCCGCCACCGGCGAUGAUGAGGUCAAGGACUUCUUCAGCUUCUGCGGCAAGAUUUCCGACCUCAGUAUCACGGCCGAGGGCGAGACAAAGUCGGCCAACGUGACGUUUGAGAAGGAGACGGCGGCUAAGACGGCCCUCCUCCUCAACAACACCCAGCUGGGCACCAACCACAUCUCGGUAUCCAGCGCGUCGGGCAGCCCCGGCGAGGACACGGUCGUCACCAACGCCGACCGCGACACGGACGAGAUCACGCAGGAGGAGAAGCCCCGCGCCCGCAUCCUGGCCGAGUACCUGGCCCACGGGUACGUGGUGGGCGAUGCCGCCAUCCAGCGCGCCCUCGAGCUGGACCACCAGCACGGCGUCUCCAAGCGCUUCCUCAGCACCCUGCAGAGCUUCGACAGCAAGUACCACGCCUCGGACCGCGCCAGGGCCACCGACCAGUCGUACGGCAUCUCGCAACGCGCCAACUCGCUCCUCAGCGGCCUGAGCUCGUACUUUGAGAAGGCCUCAUCCACGCCCACCGGCAAGAAGAUUGUCCAGUUCUACUCGGACAGUCAGAAGCAGGUCCAGGAGGUCCACGCCGAGGCCAAGCGCCUUGCUGAGCUCAAGAAGCAGGAGCACGGUGGCAGCGCCUACAAGGCCUCGGGCCUCGGGAGGUUCCUCGGUAAGGACAAGGACGGUAACUCGACCGGUACCGAUGAGAAAUCGACCGGUGCGGCCGCCGGUGCCCCUGCCGCUGUCGGUACCGCCACUGGUGCGCCGUCUUCCACCACUGGAGAAGCUGCUACUCCUCCCGUUGUCGACCCUUCUACCGAAAAGCCUGCUGCUUCUUAG